CUUUUCGUUCCGCUUCCCUGAGAGCAAGAGCCGCGCUCUUCCACAUUCCCAGUUCUCCCUCUCACUCUUCCAGGUACACGCCCUUUGACUUGUCAGGGGGAAAAGUUUUAAGGAGAGAAAAAAAAAAUACAAAAUCACGGAAGAGAUUCUGUAGUCCUACUAGUUUGGCAAGUUCUCCGGGCGCAAAGCAGCGUAGAAAGGCGGAGGAGAGGGCAGAAACUCCCAAUUUGUGCACAUUUUUACACUGCUCUUGUCCCGCACACGGUAUACGAGAGAGGAGACAUGGAGGCUGCUAUUCAGACCCUGGUGAAGGUCUUCCUGCAAUCAUCCAAGAAAAAGGAGAGUCUGGGAAAGAAAGAAUUCCAGUCUCUCGUCAAGUCCCAGCUCAGCAACAUCAUGUCGGGCGCAGACAGCAAGGAGGCGGUCAGCAACAUGGGUCAGGAACUGGAUGCAAACCAAGACGGCAAGGUUGGCUUCGAUGAGUACAUGAAGCUGAUUGGCUACCUGGCAGUCUCGUACAGCGAGCAGCAUGUCCUCAACAACGAGAACUGUGCUCAAAAUGCUGCUUCUGGACAAGUGGCCCAAAGUGCUCCUGACAAAGAGGAGGAGAAACCAGAGGCAAAUGCAGAGGCAAAGGAGGAAGCCAAACCAGAAGCAAAUGAAGAGCCGAAGGCCGAGUCCUCUGCUGAAGUAAAAGUGGAAGCAAAUGCAGAUGCAAAGGCAGAUAUAAAGGAAGAGGGAGAGACGCAGCCCGAUGUCGCAAAGGAGGAGCCGGCAGCGGCGCCGGCGGUGGAGGUGACGGCAGCGGCGACGGAGGUGGCGGCAGUGACAGUGGAAGUGGCGACGAAAGAAAAAGAAGUGGUGGAGAUAACCGAAAAGGUGGAGGAAGCUGCUGAGAAGGUGGCUGCAGCUGUGGAGGAAGAGGUGGAGAAGAAGACGGAGGAGGCAACCUCAUAGGGGACAAUCCAUUCCUUCACACAAAAACGACACACUACACUUACAUUAAACACUAUCCAAUCAAUAGAAUUACCAGAAGCAAUUUUGUAAGCCACUAAAGAGUUUGUUUUUUAAUUAAAAACACAUAAAGUUGAUAUACAAAAUAUAAGUGAAAGUUCAAACACUACAAACCCAGCUCUGAAGAAAGCCCAUUCCUUACACAUGACGAAUAACACGUGUACAUGACAAUAGAAUGACUACAUUGUAGUGCUAGUUACCACUAUGUUCAUAUGUACAGCAUGUGCAUCCCACUAUAUAGCACAUUUACCUCAUCACGAUAACACACUAUGAUUGCAUGCAGACACACACACAGUCAUGUGCAUGCCAGACCCCUGUGAAAACUUCACUGAAAAGUACGAUGUUCUUGCACAUGCUGCAUUUUAACCACUACACCACUGCAGACAAGGCGUCUAGUUUAAAUCAUGUCCUAAUCUCACUUGUAAUCCUUAUCUGGGGCUCUUCUUCCACGUUUGCGACACAUUUUGGGACAUUAUUCUGAUGAGCUUUCUUGCCAGAAAUCCGUAAUGAGGUAAAACUACAACCACUCUGGGCUACAGCCAUGUUGCGUUACCUGCGCUAGCAUAAAGACUGCUACUCUCGCUCUGUCCAGCAUGAACGCAAAGCUCCUUCCAGCACCUUUUAAAGCACACGUGUGGUUUCUGUGCGCUUUGUUUAGUCCAUAUUUCUGCUUUUCUACAAAUGAAACAAAAAUAUUUUCCACAGUAUUGUGAGUUCAAGAGCUGCUGCAAACGCAGAUCUCGUUUUCCCCGAGAGUAGCAGUCUUUAUGCUAAGCUAAGCUAACUGGCCACUUUUGAAGAAGAGGAGUUUCAAUCUUCUCAGGUGACACUUGGCAAGAAAGCAAAUUCAUGGGAAUCCCCAAAUCUUGAGCUAUUCCCACUAUGAAUGAAAAUGAUCUGUCAAUAACACAUUUUUUUUAACAUUCUCAUCUUUUAACUGGCAGUGCUGUGGAGCUGAUUUGGCAUGACAAUAAACAUAUUGUUUUGCUAAAGCCUUGUAUUCAGCUCAUUGUAAUUGUGUACUCAAUGCCCCAUCACACCCACUUCUCUCUUUUAUUUUGCUUCACGGGCUCUCUGUCUCUUUCUUCUUCUUUUUUUCCCUCGUUUUCCUUGUAAUUCCCAGCGAGGUUAGCGUCAUAUAUUCUCUGCGCUUGUUGUCAGCCAUAAAAUUGGAACUGGAAGAUCAGGCGUGGCCGCAGCUAGAUAAUUAGAUAAUUAAGGUUUAAGAAUGGACACCCAUACCUAAGGACCAUUGAGGUCAAAGGGAGCCCAAAAUAGUCUUAUGGGAGCGAAAUGGUCACCAAAGGAGCAAGUCAGAGAAGGUGUCCGUGCAACCUAAUCCACCUUGAUUAGCACUGGUAGACAAACACCAAGAGUCAAAGAAACCCCUAACAGGUGGUGGUGGCGGCACGUUUUGUCUAAAAUACUCUGGGGUAUAGUUAGUGCAUAUGAUGUUGUGUUUUUGCAAACAAUGCUAUUAAAAUGGUCAGUUUCUACUUACUGACCCACAAAGGUGCUUGGACUGUAGUGGUGUAGAGGUGCGUUGGAGGGUUUUUUGCGUGGUCUUUUCUGUUGGUUGUAGCACCAGUUGCUCAAGCUUGUUUGUCAGUUGCAUUGUGACACAAUGUGGAGACCCUGUUUGAUGUGCAAGUAGAUCCUGAGUCUGAAGCAUUGGGAAACUACUGGAUUAGGCAUUUCACGGCGAACGCGCCCUGGGACACGAGCAAUUACAUGAAAAAUAAUCCUGGCCUCCACCGAUACUCCCCAUUGGACAAGGUGUUAGUGUCAGAAUACUGAGCCAUCCAUAUGAUUCUAUGUGGUGUUAUCUGUUUUACAACAGGCUAAUAAUUACAUGUUGCAUGUUAUCAGAAAUGUAUUUGCUCAUAUUACCAUUGUAUUACCUUAACUGUGGCCAUUAUUUAAGUUCUACAUGGCAUCUUUAUAUAUACCUACUUUUAACCUAAUCCCUUGUUGUUUGGACCACUAUGGAGAUCACUUGAAACAUUGUCCUUCGUCACAUUACCGCAGUUUGUUAAUUACAAUUUAAUGAUUUGCAAAUUGUCUCAUCAUCAAUAAUGCAGCCAUGAGAAAAAAGGCUUGUGUUGCAGGAUUAUAUCAUUGGUCCACCUGGCCGCCCGCGUAGUGCCUAAGGCGGACCCGUGCGCCAUUCUGGCAUGCUUUCAAAAUGCACACCUCAUGCACUGUAACUGCACCAGGUAUUUCAAACUGCUCGGCAACAAAAUGGUCAGCGCAAAUAAACUGAGUCAUGUUGGUUAUCCUGCUUCACCGCGACACUCCCAUUGCAAAUAGACUCUGCUCAGACUUCACACUCACUAGUAUACAGUCGUGUGCUGUGUUUCCUGCAUGAUCUUACAACUACUAACAAUCAUACUAAGACAUUUCUGGCAAUUUAGACUCUACUAUUAGUUCUUGUAUCAACACCUAUAUAGUUUUUACAUAAAAAUAUGUUCUAAAUAUGGUACUUCCUGUGAACAAUGGAAACAUAUCACUCUUGCACCAUCUACAGCCCGUUUCAUGUUCAUUGCAUCUUUUAGCCAUUCAUACCGUACAUAUAUAUAUAUAUAUACAUUAUAUACACUUGUUGUAUAUAGACAUACCAUCUGCACUCUUUCCCAUUGGCCCGGCGCGUUUGUGUGUUCUUUCUUUGCUCUCAGUUGUCAUAAAACAAAUGAUGCUAAGUAGAAACUGGAUCAAAGCUAAAUUCACUUUGCUGAUUUGUUGAAAUAACUUGAUUUGCACUCGCAGCAGACCUGGGCUUGACAUCAUCUGGAAUUGUUGUAUCUCAGCCAGCUAAUGUUUUCUUUUAAUCAGCUUGGAAAAGCAGAUGGACGGAGCGAAGCAUGAGCAUUUCUUUCAGAGAGGCUCAACAGUUUUUUUCAUUUACCGUCCCAUAGAGAAAACCCCACCCAGCCUUAACUCCGUCUAGAUUAAAAACAUGUUGUAACCAAGCACAGCAGAUUUGCAGCAGGGAGUGUUUGCAGCCAGAUUUUCAUCAUCACACAAAAAAAAGUCUCAUUCAGUGAGACACAGUAGAUGAAUAUAAAAGAAUCCACCCAGUGGGUAUAAUAAGUGUGAAUACAAGAAUAUGGAUGUGCUCUUAAGGCUCAUUUGGUUAUUUGUGAUUAUGAGACCAUUCCCAGGACACUGUGCAGGCUUUAAUCUUUGUACAUUGAUGUACUCUUUUGUUUUUUAUAUCCUGCCAAUUACUAGAGUGUGUGUGUGUGUGUGUGUGUGUUUAGCAGUUGGACUCAUUUCAGUCCACUUGUCAAUUCCAACAAACUCCACUAUGCAAGUAUUUCAACUUCAUAUGUAACGCUGUAUCAUUUGUGCUUAUUCUAUGUAACAUGAAAUGGCUAAUAUUAAAUAAAACUGUGAAGAUAA